CCGCAAAUGCAGCAGCUUCGGAGACACCGAGAAAUACAUCAUCCACAGAGGCGCCGACUGCUACCGCAAAUGCUGCCGAGUUUGAAGAUGUAAUUGCUGGCCUGUCAGGGAUGGUUUUGGACUGUUUGCUCGACCCAGGGAUGCUGAGGAUAAUGAAGGUAAUGCAACGGACUUAUCCCCGUUGGUUGGCCGCCAACGAGAGCAGCACUAGCGUGAAUGACCUGGCGAGAUACAAGAAGCAGUACGACGUUGUGAAUUCUAUCUGCGACCUCGUGGGCGAUGGUCCUAUUGAUCGUCAGGACGAGACGAAAACCAGUCAGUUGGUUUCUCUCACCCACGAGUUUGCCUCGUUGGGUCCCCUGCCACCAGACCUUGAGAAGUUGGACGCGGAGGAGGAGCAGUGCGAAUGA